CUUUCACUUGUCCUCCAGGUCAAACCACGCUCGCUUCAGCCGGGAUUGCCGUUCUUCACGAGGCCGUUUAGCUCUACGUCAAUCUCACUUCGGCGAGCAACUCAAAACACCCACCUUCUCUUUCGCAACGACGCGACACACACACCACCCCUAUAUUCGAAACGCGAUCGCAGUCGCACACGUUCCUCGCCACGAUGCGAGAUGGCGGCAUUGCGCAAUCGCUAGGCGCGCCACUCACGCGCAAGGUCAAAGAGAGUCGCGUGCUGCUGGUGGGCGCCGGUGGCAUUGGCUGUGAGGUUUUGAAGAACUUGGUCUGCUGUGGCUUUGGCAGUGCUGGCAGUGCCUCGACGGUGCCACAGGUGCAGAACCUCUCGCUCCAUCAGAAGCAGGAUGCUGCGCAAACCACGCAAGAGCAACAGCAAGAACCGCAGCGGCAGGAACAUCAGCAUCCGCAACAACAGCAGCAGCCGGAAGCUUCCUCGGGCAAAAGGGCCGAGAUUGUAGUCAUCGAUCUGGACACCAUCGACCUGAGCAAUCUCAAUCGCCAGUUCCUCUUUCGAAAAAACCACAUCAAGAAGCCCAAGGCCCUCGUCGCGAAGGAGACGGCCAGCGCCUUCAACCCGCACAUCAACAUUGACGCGCAUCAUGCCUCCAUCUUCGACAGCCAGUACCAUGUGGAAUUCUUCGAGGGGUUUGACCUCGUCUUCAAUGCGCUCGAUAACCUGGCUGCUCGACGGCAUGUAAACCGCAUGUGUCUGGCUGCAAAUGUGCCACUCAUCGAGAGCGGCACGACGGGCUUCAAUGGCCAGGUCCAAGCGAUCAAAAAGGGCGUCACCGAGUGCUACGACUGCAACGAGAAGCCCGUGCAAAAGUCGUUUCCCAUCUGCACCAUUCGAUCGACGCCUUCACAGCCGAUACAUUGCAUAGUCUGGGCCAAGUCGUACUUGCUGCCGGAGUUGUUUGGCACGAGCGAGGAGGAGUCUUCGGACGUGGCAGUCACGGGCGAGGACAACGCUGAAGAGGUUGCGAAGCUCAAAGAGGAGGCAGAGGCGCUGAAGAAGAUUAGAGGCCUUAUGGGCAAGGAGGACUUUGCGAAAGAGGUGUUCAACAAAGUCUACGGCGCGGACAUAGACCGCCUGCGAUCGAUGAGCGAAAUGUGGCAGAGUCGGACACCGCCCACACCGUUGCGGUUUGAGGGUGUCUGCAUCGACAAAGACCCCGAGAAGCACGGUGCGGAGCUUGCAGCUCAAGAUCAAAAGGUGUGGUCUUUGUUGGACAAUCUGAAAGUCUUCUGCUAUAGCAUUCGGCAGCUCAGCAACCGCAUUGCGGCCGGCGAGAGUGGCAUUGAGUUCGACAAGGACGACAAGGACACGCUGGACUUUGUCGCAGCAGCUGCCAAUCUCAGAUCGCACAUCUUCAGCAUUCCAUCCAACAGCGAGUGGGACAUUAAACAGAUGGCAGGCAACAUAAUUCCUGCAAUAGCCACAUCCAACGCGCUGACAGCAUCGCUAUGUCUGCUGGAAGCCUUCAAAGUGUUGCGAAGCCAGAUGCCCUCGCAGCAUCCCCCUCCCAAUCCUCCUCAUCCUCAGGCUACUACGGCUACUACUACUACCACGGCUACGCCUGCGAAGUUGAAUGGUCGUCACGCGGCACCUCUGUUGGGAGGAAGCAAGAUGAUCUUCCUGACGUCAAAGAGCACAGAUCGUAUGAUCACGACGGAGAGCCUGCGUGCCCCGCGCAACGACUGCCCCGUGUGCUCGCCCGUCUAUGCUAAAAUUUCCAUCAAGGAAGGCAGUAGUCCCACAAUGCAGACACUUGUUGAUUUGCUGAAGAGGAGUCUGGGCUACGAUGACAUGUCGAUGGUGUUCAACCAGCAACUCAUCUACGAUCCGGAUCUGGAGGAGAACCUGGAAAAGGCACUGACGGAAUUUGGAAUUGACGGCGAGAGCAUCAGCUUCCUGACAGUACAGGAUGAGGCUGAUGAUGCUAAAGUGGACUUGAUACUGAGCAUCAGGAAGUCGAGUACGCUCGAAGGCGAGGAAGAUAUUCGUCUAUCGCCUAGCAGUCUAGCGCUUCCUUUGAAGCCGGCGAAGCCAAUCAUGCCGGAUCCCAGCGCCGACGCGACGCCGGGAGCCUCGGUCAAGGGCGCGGAGCUUUCGAACGGCAAGCGGAAGCGUGAAGCUGAGGAUGAUGUAGACGCAGCCAACAAGAAGGCGAAAGCUCGGCCCAACGAUGGUGAGGUAUACGUGGUGGACGAUGAAGACGGCGCUAUUCUGCUCGAUUGAGUGCGCCCACUUUACUACCAGGGCAGGAGUUUUUGGCGUGCGGAGGCAUGACAUGCCUUUGCACUGAUUGAUACGAUACCACUUUGCGAUGAUUUGCGUGGCGGAAAAGAAACUAGGCUGGUGCUCGCGGGAGACUUGGAAGUUUUUUUCCGGGGCGUUUUUGGGAGGUUAUCCUGCAGGAACACAUGGGCGAUUUCGCAGCGAGUCUGAAGUGCUCAGGCCCGCUCCCCCGGUUCGUUCGUUCAUCAUCUGCUUCGCUCUCUCGACAGUACUGAGAGUGCCAUGCUCGAGGUAAGCAUGGUUGAUGGAUGAGGCGGAAUCGCAUGGUAAAAUGGCAGAUGGGAGGCGUGGUGGAAUGGCAGGUGUAUGAUUGACGGCUGCGACGAGGGACACCACCAAGAAACGACGGCCAGUGUCGCCACCAGUGUUUGUACAUGUGGCUGGCUGCAGAUGAUGAGUUGCCGAUCAUCUGGACUCUCACCCUGCCUGCCUGCUUGCUUGCUACGAAGACGUGCGCGAAGCAUACCAGCGCCAUCCCAACAGCGGACACGAGCGGUGUAGUGAAGAUGUAUGCUGUUGUACGAAUGGCAAUGAAACCACCAUCAAAUCGAAUUCUCGUAGAGACGUUGAC